UGAAGCGGAUCUUGACAUUUUUGGACAUCUUUCGGCCUCUGGUGGUCGCAAGUCAUACAGGAAGAGGCUGGGGACGGCGAAAAGUUACGUUUCAAACUCGAAAUACACAUAGCUUUCAGUCGUGGAAAUUUUCGCCUUUACUUGAAUGAUACAGUCCUGCUUUUGUAUUCGCUGUCAAACACGGCGCGCUUGAAAUUUGUCUCCACUUCCGCGUGCAAUGUUUUUUUCCAACGACCUACGACAACUUUAGAACAGGAAGCCUUCACGGGCGCUUGUCACUUCAUCUGACUUUAUAGAAGGAGCUUGCUUAACCAACACUGGCCUGACCUAUGACAGCAUGGAUUUCGAAGACGCCCAUAACGGGCGUGGGCUGUCAGGUGCUCAGUGUACGUAUCCAGCCAUGAAUAUAAUUGGAGCAGAGGAUGAAGACUUUGAGAAUGAUGAGCAACCAAACGUGGAUGAUCACUAUAGUCAAUUUAACAGUAUUGAACUGUUGAAGUCCAGGCCCACCCAUUUGCUGGCCUUCAUUCACCAUGUCAUGUUACAGUUUGACUGCGCUCCUGUGCUAUGCUACCUUCAUGCUGACCUCUUCAAGAACUUCAAUGCCAAAGACACCAAGAAACACUUUGGGGAAUUCUACAACACUUUCCUGGAUAAAGGAGCGAUUCUCAGAGUAUCAGUGCCAAACAGUAUAGCCUUUGAACCGGACCGCGCACGUCCAGAGAUGAUCAGUGAAGAACAACAAAAACAUUACACUUCUGAAGUUCAGCUCUUGCAGGCUCCAGAGGUACUGCGACAGCUCGAAGACUUCAGGCAGAAGAGGAUGAUGGGAAUGACUCCUAACGAUCGUGAACUACAUGAUGUGGAAUCGCAUCGGCCCACUGACCGCAUCCCCAUGGAGAUGAAGGAGAAGGCUGUAGCUGAAAGCAUGCUGGAAAAGAUGUUUGAGGCCAACCCCUCCAUUGUUGCCGACAAGGACAAAAGUAAUGCAAUCUUUGGAGCAUUGUCCUUCUAUAUGAAGCACCUUGGUGUGAAGACCAGAGCACUUGACAACAAAAAGACUAAAUCAGGAUGGCGGCCAUAUGUCCCUUCUGUGUUAAAGCCAUGGGGAGGUAAACCAGUCAAACCAGUCAAACAAGUCCAACCUGAUGGUAAGCAAGCUAGAUUGGACUUUGAAGUAAAGCCCCCUAAACAAAGUUUCCCCCCUCAACCAGUUGCUGGGAAUGAUGUCAUCUCCCCUGCAGGCCGAAAGUCUAUUGGGGGAGGGUCAGGUAGUAUCCAUGGCUCGGAGAGCAGUGAAGGGUCAACCAUCAGUGUCUGCAUCACUCCCAGCCCAGAUUCUCAAAAUGGUGGCAACAACAAUCGCUCAGACCCCAAACCAAUGCCAGAGCUGGGCGAUGUGUCUCCUGUUAUCACAGGUGUAGGUCUCUCCAUCUGUGAACCUUCUUUUGACAUCCCUCCAGAGGACAGUCAAGAGAGUGUCAAUGUGGAAGGUGGAUUGUUGCCUGAUGGGCUUGUGACUGGGUCUCCCUUUGACAACUUCCUGCCGCCUGAGGAGAUAGAGCCCCGCCUCUUGGAGCUUGAGCAGGACCCACCCAACUGGAGAGAACUUGCUUCCAGUGAGAAUCUGGGCAAACUUGACAAGAAGGAGACCAAGAGACAAGAAGUCAUUAAUGAGUUGUUUGCGACAGAGCACGCUCAUGUCCGUAUGCUGAGUGUACUGCAGACAGUGUUUUUUCGUCCACUGGAGAGAGAAGACAUUAUAAGGAAGGAUGAGCUUUAUACCAUCUUCCCAAACCUUGAUGAGAUCAUAGAAAUGCACUAUGCUUUCUUUGAGAACCUGAAAAAACUGCGUCAGGAAGACAAGUUCAUUGUCAAAACCAUAAGCACACCACUUCUCAACAGGUUCAGCGGGUCUGAGGGGGAAUGGUUUCAGAAGCUUACUGCACGUUUCUGUAGUCACCAGUCCUGGGCUCUGGAGCAGAUAAAGAGCAAACAGAAGAAGGACCCACGCUUUAAUGCUUUCAUUCUGGAAGCAGAAAGUAAGCCACAGUGUAGGAGGCUACAGCUGAAGGAUAUCAUCCCCAUAGAGAUGCAAAGACUCACCAAGUAUCCUCUUCUGCUGGAGAACAUUGCCAAGAACACAGAGGAUAACACAGAAAAAGCCAACAUUACCCAAGCAGCAGAGUGCUGCCGCAAGAUCCUCAACCACGUCAAUGAAGAAGUCAAAGACAUGGAGAACCUGCUGAUUUUAAAGGAAUACCAGCGCAGAUUGGACACCUCAGGACUGAAGCCAAGCAAUGACCUCUACACUGAGUACAAGAACAUUGAUCUUACCUCCAGGAAUAUGCUGUUUGAAGGGCCUCUGAUAUGGAAAGUGACCAAGGAAAAAGCAAUCGAUGUGCACUGUGUAUUGCUGUCAGACUUGCUGGUCUUACUGCAGAAGCAGGAUGACAAGAUGGUUUUGAAGUGUCAGAGCAAAAGUAACAUCGCUGUUCAGGAAGGCAAACAGAUGCUGAGUCCAAUCAUCAAACUGGAGUCUGUUUUUCUCAGAGAAGUAGCCACAGACCCGAAGGCCCUCUACGUCAUCUUUACUUGGGACAGCGGAGCACAGAUCUAUGAACUAGUGGCUCAGUCCACCGUGGAGAGAAAAAAUUGGACAGAAGUGAUUAAGUCUGCAGUUGAUGAGCUGAAGAAGAGAGUAGGGAACAAGAUGGACAGACACAGAGCUGGCAGUGUGCCCAGCAGUGCCAUUGGUCCUGCAUACAGUGCAAGUUUUAAUCCCCCUCUUAGCCCCACGGAGAACGGUGGUGGAGACUUGUUGAAAGCUCGCAGUGGGCGAUUUAAGGAUAAUCUUGUUGAUGAGAAGGUUAGAGAUUCUGGUUCUUCACUCAUAGACUACCUAGCUGCCAAUGGAUUUGACCUGCUCACCCACAGCCACACUCCUCCAGAGAAGUCUGCUAUUGGUGCUUUGGACGAACUCAUGAAUUUGAAGAGGCGGUUGGUUGGGAGUAUUAGCCUGUCAGAUGACUCUCAGACUGUUGGGGAGAAUGGAGGGGCAGGCCCUGAAAGCCAGGAGACAGAUGGAUGUAAGUCAUCAGUGGAGGAAUCCAGUGUAGAUGGAAAAGUUGAAAGAGAGGAGGAUGGGGGAGAUGGAGAGAAUAACGGAGAAGAAGAAAGAGGGAUCAGUGCUCCUCUAGUCCUGUCUCAGGAAUGCAUGGAGGAGGUGCAGGGGAGACUACAGUCUCUUGAGGAGCAACUGAAGAGACUGCAGACUGUUGAGGAGGACCAUCAUAAGUUGCAAGAACUCCUUGCUAAAUAUUCACUUCAGGGGGGCCAUUACUGAGGAACACCACAACCUGCUGUUACAAGAUCACUGUUUGCGCUGGACUUGAGUGUGAGAGUUGCUUUCGGGGGAUACGCUGAUCGACUAAACCUGCCUAAAUUUUCCUGCUCUGUCAAUUCCCUCUUCUCAACUGUCCUUUUAGAAGAUUGACAGCAGGCCUCAGGCAGUUUCCAAGCCACUGAGAAAUGAAAAAGAGCGGUUGUUGUGAAAUAAUAGUGAUCCUUGAGCAUGAAUGAAUGGGUGUAAGAGAGUGACAGUUUUGCCAAAAGAUACCAAAGAAAUGUCCAACAUCUAGAGAUAUUUCAGUGAAAUUCUGAGUGUGCACGUGGAGGCUUUAUAUCACACAAACAUGCACGCACACACACCAAGGUAAACCUAAGCAUGUCAAAAGUAGUUUAGUGCCAAGAGACUAUAGAAAAGUAUAGUUGCAUCUCUUUGAAUACAGAGUGCUUCAAUCGCUUAUAGCCUGUUGCUGAAAUUGUAGUUAUUCCGUCAGGUUUUCAAUCAGGUUACUCAAACAGAUAAUGUGCCAUUUCUUUUAUUGUUCAAAUCAACAGAGAGCAGCCAUGCCUGAAAUAUUUUGCCAAAACUUAUUUUUUUAACAAAUUCCAAAAUAAAGUUUGCUCAUGCUAAUAUACAUUACCAUGCUAUUAUUGCAUCUAUUUUCAAUAUUAAUGCAUAUUGAAAUAGAUAUAAGUAGAUUUCUUAUUGGAGUAUUACUCUCUACUUGCAUGUAUUGGCCAAACUGUAGUAAUGUAGCAAUCAUUUUAACUGCCUUUUGUUAGUUAAAUGGUAUUUUGUAUCUUACUACCAGAAAAUCUGUUAUUGCUCAGUGCACAAGAGGAAAGAACAGAAAAUUGCUAAGUAGAGUAUGUAAAUAGAUGGAUGAGGUUUUUGAGAUGGAACUGAUUUAAGACGUACCUUACAGAGUGAAACUGAGAAGGUUAUUGCAAGGUUUGAUUUUGAGAAAUGUAGAGAGGGUUUGAUGGUGUGGAUAUACUGUAUAGGCUACACAUACACUGGCAAAGGCCAGCUUGCAUGUUCAUCCACAUAUCUGUGUUGUUAAAACAUUUGAACCAUGCACAAUGUAUACUGUACUCUAAAGAAGAUGUUGUUCAAUGAUUUGGUUUAGUAAACCAGAUAGAACUCUGGUAGGUAGAAACAGAUCAUAUUAAACAUGCUUGUGCUGCUUGUGUGUGAAUCUAUGCAAAUUCAUGAGAUGUUUGUAAGACAAAUUGGCGGCUAGUGUAGAAAUAUUAGGUGAGUUUUGUCUAAUUUGGUUUUUAAUGUUUAAUACAGUACAGUUACAAGUUGAAAGGAAUAGUUGCUUGAUAAAUGCAGUUAUAUAUGCUUGAUUUGUCAGAAUAUUUUACAUUUUUCCGGAACUGUGUCAUUAUUUCUCAGUAUAUUUUAGAGUGUAGUUUUGUUUGAGUAGCCUUCACCAAACAAAUUUGAGAUAUGAUAGCUCCGAUCAGCUGUAAAUGGGAACUCACUGGGCUGAAAAGGGGGGGCCAAUCCAGUCUUCCAUGCCUCUCCUAACUUUGAGUGCGCCACCUAUUUGCUGAAUCAAAUCACGAAAUGGUGAUGUGGAUGGAUUUGCUUGUAAAUGUAGUGGCUUAUUAUCCUAUUUUAGGCAGAAGAAAUUAAAAGUUGGUUCAAAACUGGACUGCUGGAUGUAUUAUAAAGACGUGUCCAGGUACUAACCUACUAUGUUCUUCAGCAUAUGAGACUAGCUUGUCCUCUCUCCCCACCUUAAAAGGUAACCAGACCACAGAGGAUCAGGCACUUACGGGAGCUUAAAUGAUUUUAUAGCAUCUCAAAGUUUGGAGACAAGAAAAGUGUUUUUUCUCACCAGUACUGUAAUUAUUUUUAUGAACUCACACAACAUGCAUUCAUAAUGCUACUGCAAUGGCUUUUGUACCCUGAACUCACUGCCUAAUUAUGCAACAUAUUUUACUUUUGUUUUUGUAGUGCCAUUUAUAUUUGUUGGUCAGAUGUUUUGAAGUUGUAAUUGUGUUGAUUUAUUUUGUUUUCUCCAAAGCCCGUUCUUUUCCUGCUCUUUCCUCAGCCAUUUACAAGCGCUUCACAGUCAAUAGAGUUGAUGACAAAACGGUUUACUCUGAAAUCAGAAGUCUCUCUUCCUGGCCUUCACAUGAAAGGAACCUACAAUGUUGUUCCUUAUACCUGCCGAUCAGAGCUUUACGUUCACUUUUGUCCUUAUUUUAUUCAAUUUUAGAAGUUACACAUUUUAGGUUACUGAUUGUUAUGUGAAACUACCUUGGCACAACAUCUGUUCUCUUCUCACUGCAUCACCAUGCUGUCUUCUGAUUGCACAGUUUGCUGAUUGCAUUGCUUGAAUGGGUGGUUAAAUGGUUUCAUUUUGUUCUGUUAUUUUUAAUUUCUUAGAAAACUGUACAAUAUUACAGAAUGUGCUAUGCAUUGCAUUUAAAAAAAAAAAAAAUUUGGGGGAAUGAGAGAGACACAAAGGACACCCUUAACUAGACUAACCUUAAUAGGCGUUACUCAAUGACAGUUAUAUGGCAAGAGUGAAUUGCUGUUGUAAUUUGUGUUUUUUAUAUGGUAUUGACCACAAUUUAAUGAAGAAUUUUAGAUUUUAAUCAUGACAUAAUUGAUCAAACAGGGUUUUGGGUGCAGUGUCAUUCUCUCUCUCUCUCUAUAUGUACUUUUGAUAAUGUAUCUAAUCACAUAUAUAUUUAUACAUAGUGGUCUUAGCUGUAUGUUUCAAUCUAUUUAUAGGGUGCCUUGUGCAGAUUUUGGGUUUGUUUUUCUUUCUGAAGGGCUCUCAUAGGCCUGCUGACAAGCAGCGGCACUCUUCUCCUCUCCUCAGUUAGCAAUGUUCAGUGUUAAAUGCGUAUGGUAAUUCUGAUAUGUUGUAAACGCGUGCCCACCAAAUGAUAGUAGUUCAACCCAUUUGUUAUUCUUCUUAAAACUGGCUGAUGGCUGAGCGCUUUAGUACCCACAGCCAUAGCAAUUUGGUAAAGUUGUGAAAGAUUUGUUAGAAUGAUUUUUUUUUUUUUUAAACCCUCAUCCAUCCAUGUCUGCCUUUUAUGCAAUUCUAUGUACAAAUACAGGCAUUCCAUUGCUGUCUGUCUAUAUAAAUGAUUAUGCAAGAACUAUUCUGUGUAUUUGGGCUUAGAUUUUAUAUAUAAGAUACUCAAGUCAAAUUUAGGUACUUUUUUUUUCUUUUCUUUUUUACACACAUUUUUGUCUUUUGUCUUUUCUUUUUUUUUUCUUUUUUUUUAAUAAAUGCCAAAAAUUA